CGACAGACAGCUGCACAGCCCAAUCGGUGUGUGCUGCUGCGCCCCUAGGGGCCAACCCGCCAAUCCCGCACUAAUGGAGCCUGCAGACCAAAAUAGCCCCCCAGCAGUGUAUGUGUUUAUGUGGUGUGUGUGUCUUAGUACUGUGUCCUGGGUGAGCUCUAAUAAUAGAGGCCCGCCUGCUCCUUUAAGAGCCUACUUGUUGCAUAUAGCCCGACUCCACAAACUACAUUUGAACAAAAAUGGUUAUCAAAGUUUUCCUCGCCUCUUCGUCGGGAUCCACUGCGAUCAAGAAGAAGCAGCAGGAUGUGGUGGGAUUCCUGGAGGCUCUUAAAGUGGAGUACGCUCAGCUGGACAUCGCCUGCAGCGAGGAGAACCGCAUGUGGAUGAGGCAGAACGUCCCGCAGGAGAAGAAGCCCUCCAACGGCAUCCCCCUGCCCCCCCAGAUCUUCAAUGAGGAGGGAUACUGCGGGGACUAUGAGACGUUCUUCGAUGCCAAGGAAGACAACGCUGUGUUUGCCUUCCUGGGGCUGCCCCCUCCCCCCGGCUCAAAGGAAGCAGAUCAGGCCGGCAUUGUGCAGAACGGGACCCACGCUGAGGAGACUAAUGCAGAGAACGGGAACGUUGAUGACUCAAUAGAGGUUCCAGUGGAGGAGCGAAAUGGGAAUUCACACUCCGAUGAGGAGCAGGCAGCUGGUGAGGAGGAGGAGGGUGAGGAGGAGCUAGCAGAAGAGGAUGAAGUCAUGGAGGAAGACGAGGACAUGGCUGAGGAAGAGGAGGCGGUGGAAGAAACAGACGAGGCCCCCGCAGAGGAGGAGGAAGAAGAAGAAGAACAGGAGGAAGAAGAGCUACUACAGCUUGAGGAAGAAGAAGAAGCUGAAGUACAAGAGGAGGAAGAGGCUGAGUAGUUGACACCAGGGGGCGUCAUCGAUGUUAAAAUGUUAAUAUCCAGCCCGAAGGAGCCGUCUCUCCCUGACCCUUUGACGCUUGACCCCCCUCCACCCGUCCCCAAGGACCCCACUGGAAACUGAUGGCCAUGUGUUUGAAGGCGCCAAGUCAAAAGCUAAAGUCCUGAUACGCAUAUCUCGUUCCCUUUUGACUGCAAUGUUGACUUAAUUUUUAUAUUUUGCCUUUUGAGACGUACUGUAAUGAAAAUGCACAGAGUAGCCAAGUGGUGUCGAGUAGCUUUUGUAAAAUGCUAUUCAGUUAUUUUGGUAAAAAUCAAACUUAUUUCUCGUAUUUCUCGUUUUCUAACAGAGAAGAAGUGGCCUUUACAAAAAAUCUUGGCAUAGCUUAGAUGGUUUUGCCCCACUUCAGAUUCAAACUCGCGCUCUAGUGUGUUCUGAUCUUUUAUCAGUAGUUUUACCAAUGUCGUGGAUCCUUCGAUCAAGUGAAUGUACAAAUUCAAGACUUCCUAAAGGCCACAUGAGGAAAAAAUACGCACAUACUGCACCACCACUAUAGUUGCGUCUGCCAAUACUGCUGUCUAAUCAAUGCACUUUGUUGAAUAAGGAGUGAACCAUGUGACUAAGACUUGCAUGCAAUGGAAAAUGCAAUAAAGUAAACUGGUAAAAACGA